GGAGUGAUAUGCAUUGGGGGCCCCUGGUAUUCAAUGUGUCUGCAAUUGGCUUGAAUACACCAUCCAAGGCUGUGACUCUGUUUCAGCACCUAUUAUCCAGCCCGCCGACAGUUGCUGCGCGCCAAACCCCCAAGAUCGCUCUACGUGUCGAAAAGUUAAGAGUGCCCAAAACAUGACCUCGAAGCGCAGAAGCGGCCCUACAGGCUCACCCGAAGACUAUCCAGACACGCCUGAUCCCAAGCGACGCAAGCGUAACGACGACGCCCACUUUCCCGACGUAGAAACUCGAGAAACCACAACAGAGAUAGGCCUCAAACUUGUCGGCUCCCUAAAACGAUCCCAGGAUAAGAACGGGCGUAAUGUUGCUGUUCACUUCCUCGAUCUUCCCGACAGGGAUGAAUAUCCUGACUACUAUUUGUCGACUGCAAUGCCUAUGUCCCUUAAUACCAUCGAAGAGAGCUUGAAAACCCAUGAAUAUGAGAACCUGGAAAAGCUGGAGUCGGACCUGAAGCGUAUGGUGCAGAAUGCAAAGGACUAUAAUCAUUACAAGUCUGGCAUAUAUGAGGAUGCAGAGCGUAUUCGCAAGGCCAUAUCCAAUUUCAUGCCCAAGCACAAUCCAGCAUACCUGAGGGCUGACUACAAAGCCUACCCGACCCCAAUCCCGCAAGAACUAAUUGACCAACUCAGCAAGGCAUCAACUCCAUCAGAAGCUGUUGUGCCUGAGAAGAUCAAAUUGACCUUCUCGACCAAGAGACGGCAAAGCGAAGCUGCACGAUCCACGCCAGGAGACCAACCGGGUGACCUGAAAGAAGAACAGCUGAAUUUCCUCAGAGAGUUGUCAGCGCAAGAAGAUGCCAUCAACUUCGAGGAGAGGGUAUCGAAGAAAGACUAUCCUGAUUACUAUAAAGUCAUCAAAAACCCCACCUCUAUAUCAGAUGUCAGAUCCAUGGUUGAGGACAAUGUUGUUCAAGAUUGGGACUCAUUAGGCAAGGAAGUCCGCUUGAUCUGGGAAAAUGCCAAAGAGUACAAUCAAGAGGGAUCCGAGAUAUACGAGAUGGCAGAGAAGCUCGAGACGUGGUCCCAAGACAGACUGUAUACGCUUGGCGCUGUGCCGAAGAGCAAAAUCAAGCUCUCCUUAUCCCAGCCAAAACAACCAAAGGCUCUCAAACUCAAGAUGGGCUCCUCCACUCCACAACCGCCAAAUGCAGGUUUCACGAUCGACAGUGAAUCUCUACGGCGGCAGAAGGAAGAGAUGGGCGAAGCUCUCAGCCGUGCACGAGCAAGUUCAAAAGGAACUCAAGUCAACGGCUCGACUCCGGUUCCUUCAAGUGCUGCCCUCAGUACCCGACGCAGCACUUCGGUCGCUACAGAGCGCACUGAUGUUAAAACAUCCAAUGCUAAUGGCACAAGCGCAAACACCCCUCAAUUGACAACAGCGACAACAGCAAACCCACCUACAAACAAUGUUGCUCAGCUGCCGACACCAGUCCAGGAGCUGGGCACUCCUGCGCCAGCAGCGCCACUUACCAAUGGUGUCCGUAGUCAUGAAUCUUCCACUCCGCAAGGAAUUUCAAAGCAGAGUGUCGUACCGUUCGAGCGACAAUAUCGUGAUCCUGGGAAGGGCAUUGAAUCGGCCUUGUUGGGCUCUGUGAUCUUCAUGACAAACCCCAACAAUCCUAACGACCCGAAAUGGAAACUUGUACGACAGGCCUCCACAACACGCACUCAGACGUCUGGCUUCAUUUCCGUACCUUUCGGAUAUCGAGAUGUUCGCAUCAUCCCGCUGCCAACGACAGAGUUCAAAUCACGUCGGCGGUCACGGGUGCUGGUCAUGCACAACGCACACGUUUUCCGAGAACCAAACUCGCCUGUCGCCGGGGCUUACGAUGUGCAACUUGUUCCUGGCGAAAAUACCUUGUCGGUCGAAGUUCUGGCCGAUCUCAAGGACGGCGAAAAGAAGGACUACGCGCCCCCACAAUUACAAUUCGACUUUGAGAAGUGUACUUUGAUUGUCAAUGUUAAUCCGCAACAGGUGUCUUGAUUGGAUAUGGUGUUUCGAUUGAUCGAUGGGGUCUGGCAAUUGAAUUUCCAAGGCUUUUUCAUGUUCUAGACCAGAAAAAGUCCAGUUCCAAGAAAUGGCUUCAUUGCAAUCCUUUGGAACGAUAUGAGAGAACGCGCGUGAAGCUGUCCAGCGUUUGGAGUUUUGAGGGUUUUGCACAGUGGCAUUUUUGGGGAGUUCGAGAAGAACGGACUCGUUGGUUCCAAUGGAUUGUGCAGCACGCACUCAUAGCAUGCUGUUUCACUACCUAGCUAGGUAGGUAGGGAGGCGCUGGUGGGCAUUCUUCUUUUUUUGCUCUCCUCCGCAGAAGCAAUGGCCAAUUUUCAAUCGCUCACGGGACACAUGGUCUGGGAGUGCCUUGAAGGAGGAUAUGCCCAUGUUUUAAUUGCGAACUAGAUUGCCUUUUGAGG